GCCAGCGCCUUUUCCCCCCUAUACAAUACAAGAUCUUCCUUCCUCAGUUCUCUUAAAUCACAGCCCAGGGAAACCUCCUCAGAGCCUGCAGCCAGCCACGCGCCAGCAUGUCUGGGGGCAAAUACGUAGACUCCGAGGGACAUCUCUACACUGUUCCCAUCCGGGAACAGGGCAACAUCUACAAGCCCAACAACAAGGCAAUGGCAGACGAACUGAAUGAGAAGCAAGUGUACGAUGCACACACCAAGGAGAUCGACCUGGUUAACCGGGACCCCAAGCAUCUCAACGAUGACGUGGUCAAGAUCGACUUCGAAGACGUGAUUGCAGAGCCAGAAGGGACGCACAGUUUCGACGGCAUCUGGAAGGCCAGCUUUACCACCUUCACUGUGACAAAAUAUUGGUUUUACCGCUUGUUGUCCACCAUCUUUGGCAUCCCGAUGGCACUCAUCUGGGGCAUUUACUUCGCCAUUCUCUCUUUCCUGCACAUCUGGGCAGUUGUACCGUGCAUCAAGAGCUUCCUGAUUGAGAUUCAGUGCAUCAGCCGUGUUUAUUCCAUCUAUGUCCACACCUUCUGUGAUCCACUCUUUGAAGCUAUUGGCAAGAUAUUCAGCAAUAUCCGUAUCAACAUGCAGAAAGAAAUAUGAGUGGCAUUUCAAUGAUGGAAGUAUUCCCGAUUCUUUUCUUCCUUAUUAUUUCUUUGGUGCCAAUUUCAAGUUUCAAGUUGCUAUCACAGCAGCAAUUUAUGAGUGGUUUGUCUUGGUCCAGAAAAAAAGAAGUCAUUUGCUCAGUUUUUCCAUAUGUACUAUUUGUCUCUUUUGAGCUACUGCAUCUAUUUUUGACAGUCUGAAAUGUUUGAAACCCAUCCCUACCCUCUCUUCUGUUUGUGGAUCAUUGCUCUAUUGGCUAAAAUACAAGCAUAUCAUUGAAAGAUAACCUGAGAAAAAUAGGAAGAACUGGGGGUAGAGAUGGAAAAAGGACCAACAACCUCAACUGUCUAUUCUAAAAUGAUGAUGUCCUAGAAAGGGAAGAAUUCAAGGCUAAGGCCUCAUGUUUAGGGACGUGGGUGCAGGUUUUAAACAGAUACUUCCCAGCCAUCUGAGGAGUUAGUUGCUGUCAUUCUUAACCAUCACAAUCUAGCGGGAUCUAGUAAUCACUGUCAAAUUGGAGACCAAAAUCUUCAUGCUCAUGAUACCAUUAAUGUCUUAUUCAUCUUGACAUUUUAACCUAUUAUUCUGUGUGCCUGAAUAUUUGUUAUACCUAUAAUAGGACCUGGGUGCCUUCUAAUUUUUCAUGUUUUCUUUUCUAAUAGGGUCUAACUCAUCCACUUUCCCUAUGCCAGCAGCUUUCCUAAAAACAAAACAGAAAAUCUUGCUAGUUCUCUAUCCUCGCGUCUGACUCUGAGAUACAGAACCUGUUGAAACUGAUCUCUGUACUUGGUCAUGUAGCAUCUUUCUCUGUGACAAGCCUAGUCAACAUCAACGCAGAUUUAAAACAGGAAUAAGCUCUCUUUUGGGCUGGCAGGAGCAGAAGCCAACUUUCCCUGACUGUCAGACACUGACUGAGGUCAGCAUGUCUAGUCAGCCUCACUUAGCUUCAAGAGCAAUCACACUUUCCUGCGUCUAAGCCGAUCCAUUGCUGGGAUGGUUUAGUGGCUCAAUACUGUGCUCCAUUUUCAGCUGAUCAGUCGGCCUCCAGGGAGGGCUGGCGAGAAGGAGGCCACCAGGAGGAGACUGCUGACGCUGUUGCAAGCAUGACCCCUUCUACACAAAGCCCUUGCAAUAGUCUAAUGCUGUGAUACUUGACCCCUCCCCCUGCCAGGAGCCCUUGGACUGAUCCAAACAUCACUUUGCUCAGAGAGAGGAUGGGGGAGGGGCAGUGAUAAAAGCUUGAGGCAAUGUUCUUGCUGGAAUAAGUUCUAGUUCUUCUGAACCCAAACUGAGGAAUUUCACCUGUAUACCUGAGUCCUCCAGAAAGUUGCCUACCUGAGACACCCCAAAGCUUUUUAUUCCCCAGCCACCUUACAGCUCAGCCCCUGGGGAUAUUUUUUUUAAUUCCAGGUAGGCUUUUAUUUUCAUUUUUAUACAUUUAUUAGAAUUCUGCCUGUUUUUUCCUUCCUCAGUUUUGCCACCCUUUAACUACCAACCUGCUGCCUACUUUGAUUGUUUGCAUUUAAAACAGACACUGGCAUGGACACAGUUUGACUUUUAAGCUGUGUGCAUAACUAAAAAUGUACUAUACUGCAUACUUGUUUAAAUGUAAAGAUAUUCUUUAUCUUUAUGUGAAGAGAAUCAUUUGGGAAAUGACUCUGAGAUUCAGUCUGUAAACUGUGUGCCCCAAGACAUGUCUGUUCUUCCUAGAUGCUCAGUCUCAUGUAAGUCCAUUGUUGGUUCAAAAGGUUACUGAACUUUUAUAUGCUUACUGAUAUAUUUUACACUUUUUAUGCUGCAUGUCCUAUAAAGAUUUCAAAUCUGCACAAUAAAAAUGUUUAACAGUUAAACAGGUA